GGUUCUUUGGCUUUAUUGCUGUGAUAAUCUUUGGAGCUAUGGGUGACAACCGUGAUUGGAUGCCCCAUUGGGACCACAAUCAUCUCUCUUGGUCCUUUGGUCUCGCUGUGGUGGGUGUUGUAGCAGAAUUUGUUGCAGCUGUUCUCUUCUGGGUUGAGUACCGCAUCCAGAAGCGAAAGGAGUCAUACCGCCAAAGCCAUGGAGUUUUCACACUUGAAGGGGGAACCAAGAAUUAAGCAGCCUCUUGAAACCUAGUUAAAUGUUACCAAGGAACACACACUGCAGCCUGUCUGCAUAUCCUCCUCCCCAGUACUUGACUCAGAAAGAAGGGAAGGACAUUUCCUGUCCAUCAUUCUAAGAAGUGUUUCUCAGAAUAAUAUUAGAAGACAGGAUUUGUUUUAUGGAAAGCUGUGUUAUAUUUCAGUGAAGAGAGAGACCACAGUGAACACCGCAAAGUGUUCUCUAUUGAAAGGUGACCAGGAUGAGUCCAAGUCUAGGUUUUAUGGUAAUUAAGACUGCAUUGCAAAGAAUUUUGGUAGUAAUUUGUUUUAGUUCUAUGCUCGAUUUAGUUCAGUUAAACCACUGUUGAAUUCUCACUAAGGUGUGGCAUUCCCCCCCCCUUCAUAUAUAUAUUUAAUGUUUAGGGACUGCAUACCAAAGCAAUUUUCAGUCAUUCACAAUGAAGUUGAGUGGCAAAUCCAGAAGGUGGUGAUAUUUUGUUGACUUUUUUUUUGUAUUGCUACAUAACUUGAAAGCAACACUUUCAGAAAAGUGAAUUAUGAUAAAUUUAGAUUUCUGUGCUAGACCUGCAUAAUGAGUGUGGAGUCAAGACCAGAUCUAUUCACUGAGAUAUUACUUCUUUUUUUUAUAAUAAUAAUAAUAGAUGUUAGUUGUAUUUCUUUGAGCCAACAUUUUCCUUGGCUAUCUCUCUGUUUUGUGUUUUAGCAAAGUAAGUGUCUUUGAUGAGGUUCGUCCAAAACAUUCCAGUGGUAACACAAAGUAUCUCAUUCCGUCCAAUUUUUGGCCUUAUAAUACUGUUUGCAUUCAAUGGCUGUGUCCAUAAGGGGUUUGUUGUUCAUAAAAAAGAAAAAUUCAUGCUCUUUGUAGCUGGACUAGAAUAAACAUCUCUUCCAGAAAUGUUUGAUAAAGGUAAUAUUUAUGAUCAUAGCAUUUCUUGUGUGUACUAGAGCUUUUUCUCUUGCUCUUUGCAUUAAGAAAAGGGACAAAAUGUAUUAUCUUUGUUGCCAGCAUGUAUGUUGAACAUUAAUUAGAUAUUUUUAAUAUUCAAUGGAAAUUAGAAUAUUUUCUAUUUUCAUAUCACAAAGUUGUUUUUGCACAAGAAAAUGUUAGUGCCAAUGAAAAUAUUUUGACUUCUGCUGCAGCCAAGAUAAAGUAUAUUUUAUACGAUUGUGAUAAGAUAUCACAAAUACCAAUAAAAGUUCAAAGUUCA